CUGUCGGCCUGCGAUGGCGAGUGCGGUGUCGCUCGCGGGUAUGCUGGGGCUACUACUUGUGUCUGCGCUGCCAGGGGACCUCGGAGACUGCCCCAGCUCUGACCUCCGGGCACACCCAGGGGACCCCGCCCAGGACGGCCUUGGGGCCACGGAACCCUGGCGGCGACCGCCGCCAAAGGACCAGCACGAGCGGGCCCGGGCCGGGGCGCUGCCUUUGGGGGCGCUGUACACGGCGGCCGUCAUGGCUUUUGUGCUGUACAAGUGUUUGCAGCAGGGGAAAGAUGAAGCUGCUGGUCUCCAGGAGGAGGCAGGGAAGAAGGAAUCACUGCAGUCAGAGCAACAGCUGACCCAGCUGACACAACAGCUGGCCCAGACAGAACAACACCUGAACAAUCUGAUGGCCCAGCUGGACCCCCUUUUUGAGCGUGUGACAACCCUGGCUGGGGCCCAGCAGGAGCUUCUGAACAUGAAGCUACAGACCAUCCACCAGUUGCUACAAGACAGCAAGCCAAACAAUGGUGUGGAGGUUCCAGAACCAGAGGCCAGCAUCUCCUUUCCUGAUGACUCACAUAUAGAGGAUGAGAAGGAGACUGGUGAUAGUCAGGAGUGGGAGGAGCCCCUAAACUGGAGCACAGAGACAAGAAACCGAGCUACGCCCUGGGAAGUGGAGCAGGGCCUGAGGAGAAGGGCCCAUCACAGCCCCCACUGGGAAGCAGCAUGACAGCUGAAGGUUUAGUAAACAAAGCCUGUCCUUGUGACUGGAUGCUCCUGUGUGCUUUUUCCAUUCCAGCUGGUCACACACACACCCAUACUAGGUGCCUAAGAACAACUGGGCCUUCUUGAAGAGCUUCCCUUAUUAGGACACAAAGAGGCCGCCUUCCAGUGCAAGAGCCAGGAAGAUAGAGGGAGCUCCAGUGCUCUUCCUUGUAUUCCUGAGGCCAACAUCAUGCCAGCCUUCAGGGCACAAAAAUCCCUUUUCUCAUAUCACAUAGCUGAGACAGAAAGCCCUUUCCAAAAACAAAACUUUACUAAAAUCCAGUGGGAAAAUAAAUUACAGAAACCACAUGCAACAUAAAAAUAGCCACAUUUACAAAGCCACAACCUUGAUAAACAACUGACCAUAGACAUAGUGCUCAACUUAUCAGUCCCAAAUCCCCUCA